AUGAAGCUGUAUUCCGUUUCGGAUGGGCCGCCGUCUCUGGCAUGCAGGAUGCUCUUGAAAACUCUGAAGAUCGAUUUUGAACUGAUUAAUGUGGAUUUCGGGAAGGGCGAGCACUUGACGAAGGAGUACGAGAAGCUCAAUCCACAAAAAGAGAUACCCACUUUGGUCGACGGUGAUCUUAUCAUGGGCGAAAGCAAUGCCAUUCUGCAGUAUUUAGCCGAUCAGUAUGACACGAGCGGCAAAUUAUAUCCGAAAGAUAACAAAUUGCGAGCGAUCAUCAAUCACCGUCUGUGCUUCAACUUGGCGCUUUAUUAUCACAACAUUGUCGAAUAUGUUUUAUUACCGAUGUUCUACGAUUACCAGCGCAUCCCGCUCGGUCUGAAGAAAAUGAAAAUGGCGUUGAACGUCUUCAACACGUACUUGCAGCGCGGAAACUGCGAGUACGCGGCGGGCGAUAAUUUGACUAUCGCUGACUUGUCGCUGAUAGCCGCGACGAUGUGCCUAGAAGCUAUCGAUUUCAAGUUGGAUGCGUGGCCCCUUGUUGCAAAAUGGUAUGAUAAUUUUAAGCAAAAGUAUCCCGAUCUUUGGAAAAUAGCGCAAGAAGUGAUGGAAGAACUCAGUUACGCCGAGAAACACCCGCCUGAUCUAUCCGAGAUUGAACAUCCUAUACAUCCGACGCGCAAAAGCGCGUGAAGAGUUCCGUAAAGUCGCACCAAGUUCAAGUAGCACUUAUGAGGAUAGCUUGGUUCAUAUUCUGAAACUGUUUUUUACCUAAAACAGAAAAUAAUUCUCCUAUAAUCCUUAAUAACAUAAAUGAUCUUAUGUCAGCAUCAUUAUAUUAUAAAUAUCUUCCUGAAUUAAUGAGUCAUGAAUUUUUAACGAUGGAAAACAGACGAAUAAAAUA